AUGACAUCUGACACGGCUCGACAGCCCUCCAAGGCGGCCGUCGUCGUCGCCGCGACGCUGAGUCUUGGUCGCGUGGCCCAGGCCGUCGCGAAUCCGGACCGCGUCGCCCGCUGUCUGGCGCGGUACAAGUACAGCGGGCUGGACGGCGGCCGUCACCGCACGUGGGCGUACGAGUACGAGACCGACUUCCCAGGCGUCACGUGGGACGACGCCGACUGGCUGCUCAGCACCACGACGCUGGAACAGGGCCGCUUCCAGUCCAGGGGCUCCGUCGCCAACGGCUACCUUGGCAUCAGCGUCGCCAGCGUCGGCCCCUUCUUCGAGCUCGACUCCGACGACAAGGGCGGCGAUGUCAUCAACGGCUGGCCGCUCUUCUCCAGGCGCCAGUCCUUUGCCACCGUCGCCGGUUUCUGGAACGCCCAGCCCGACACCAACGGCACCAACUUCGGCUGGCUGCUGCAGUACGGACAUGAGAGCGUCAUCAGCGGCCUGCCGCACUGGAGCGGCCUCGUGCUCGAUCUCGGCGGCGGCGUCUACCUCGACUCGACCGUCGAUGGCACCACCAUCACCAACUUCCGCUCCACCUACGACUUCAAGGCCGGCGUGCUCAGCUGGUCGUACACGUGGUCUCCGUCGGGCGGCAACCGCGGCUCCUACGACAUCCGCUACCUCAUGUUCGCGCACAAGCUGCACAUCAACCAGGCUGUCGUGGACCUCGAGAUCGUCCCGUCGGUCGACGCCAACGCAACCGUCGUGAACGUGCUCGACGGCUAUUCCGCCGUCCGCACCGACUUUGUCCAGUCUGGCGAGGACGCCGGCGCCAUCUACUCGGCGGUUCGCCCCACCGGCAUCGCCAACGUCACGGCCUACAUCUACGCCAACCUGACGGGCUCCGACCACGUCGGCCUGGGCGGCAAGACCCUCGUGGCGGACAAGCCGUACGUGCGCAGCAACGACUCCUCCAUCGCCCAGGCCGUGCCCGUCCGCUUCUCCGCCGGCAAGGCCGUGAGGGUGACCAAGUACGUCGGCGCAGCGUCCGGCGACGCCUUUGACGACCCCCGCGACGUCGCCAGGAGGGCGGCGUCGUCGGCCUCGUCGCGGGGCUUCGACAAGUCUCUGCGCUCCCACGUCGAGGAGUGGAACGACGUCAUGCCCGACGAUUCCGUCGACAGCUACGCCGACCCCGGCAACGGCACCCUGCCCCGCGACAGCUACAUCAUCGACUCGGCCAUCGUCUCGGUUGCCAACACGUACUAUCUGCUGCAGAGCACCGUCGGCCCAAACGCCCAGGACCUGGUCGGCGACGCCCCCGUCAACGUCGACAGCAUUCCCGUCGGAGGCCUGGUCUCGGACUCGUACGCCGGGCUCAUCUUCUGGGAUGCCGACCUGUUUAUGCAGCCCGGGCUCGUCGCGUCGCACCCCCGGUCGGCCGAGCGCAUCACCAACUACCGCGUCAGCAAGUACGGCCAGGCCAAGGCGAACGCCCAGACGAGCCACGCCGGCUCCCAGAACAAGACCGUCUUCUCCAAAGACGCCGCCGCCUUUCCUUGGACCAGCGGCCGUUUCGGCAACUGCACCGCCACCGGCCCGUGCUGGGAUUACCAGUAUCACCUCAACGGAGACGUGGGCAUAUCCUUUGUCAACCAACUCGUCGCCACGGGCGACACUGCCUACUUCAAAAACACCUUGUUUCCCGUCUACGAUUCCAUCGCAACCUUCUUUUCGAACCUCCUUGCUCCGAAUGGCACGUCUUGGACUGUCAAGAACAUGACGGACCCCGACGAAUACGCAAACCACGUCGACGCGGGCGGCUACACGAUGCCCCUGAUUGCCGAAACGCUGCAGACGGCCAACACGUUUCGCGCGCAAUUCGGCCAGGAGAGAAACGCAACCUGGGAUUCCAUGGCUGCAAACGUGCUGUUCCUCCGCGAAAACGACGUCACCCUCGAGUUCACCACGAUGAACGGAAGCGCCGUGGUGAAGCAGGCCGACGUCAUAUUGGACACGUUCCCGCUGUCCUACACGGCCAACUACACCGCCCAAGAAUCGCUGAGCGACCUGGACUAUUCGCCAGACGGGCCCGCCAUGACGUGGGCAUUCUUCUCCAUCAUCGCCAACGACAUCUCGCCCUCGGGCUGCUCGGCCUACACCUACUCGCAGUACUCGUACAAGCCGUAUGCUCGCGCACCCUUCUACCAGCUCUCGGAGCAGCUGAUUGACAAUGCCACCACCAACGGCGGAACCCAUCCGGCCUUCCCCUUCCUCACCGGUCACGGCGGCGCAAACCAGGUCGGCAUAUUUGGCUAUCUCGGCUUGCGCCUGCUGCCCGACGACGCCCUUCACAUCAACCCCAACCUGCCUCCGCAGAUCUCGCACCUCACCUACCGGACCUUUUACUGGCGCGGCUGGCCACUCAGCGCCUCAUCCAACGCAACACACACGACGGUACGGCGAGCCCGGCACGUCCGGCCGCUGGCCUCGGCGGACCCGCGCUUCGCCAACAAGACCAUUGCCGUCCACGUCGGCGCCGAGGGCAGCGCGAGCACGCACGACCUGCCCCCGGACGGCACGGCCGUCGUGCCAAACCGAAACAUCGGCCGAGUAAACACCACCCCCGGCAACCUCCUCCAGUGCAAAUCCGCCGCGUCGCCCGACAGAUACCGGCCCGGCCAGUUCCCGAUCGCGGCCAACGACGGCGCCACGUCUACAAAGUGGCAGCCCUGGUACGCCGCCAACCUCAGCUCCGUCACCGUCAUGCUCGCGCCGGACGACGUCGGCGCCAUGGUGUCGCGGCUGCACUUCAACUGGGCCCAGGCGCCGCCCGUAAACGCCACCGUCGUCUUUCACAACUCUACCCUCGGCAGCCUCGAGGGCGUCGACCCGGCGGCUGCGACCACCGAGUCCACCGCCAACUACACAGUCGUGGCGCACCUGGCAGGCGUCGAGCUGUCCAAGCCGUACAGCGCCCAGUCCACCAACCUGGACGUCAUUGCCAUUCCGGUCGGCAACACCACCAACGUCACCCUCAGCGAGCCCGUCCCGGCCGCCCGGUACGCGACGCUGCUGAUCACCGGAAACCAAGCCCUCGGCCGGGUCGACAUUGACGCCAAGAAUGGAACCGGCGCCACCGUGGCAGAAUGGGCCGUCAUUGUCGACGCUGGACAAUCUGGCCCAGCGAAGCCGCCGAGCGGCCUUGGCUGGCGCCGAGGAGCCAUGCUCAGAGGCAAACGCUUCUGA